CUACUUCCAACAAACCAGUUGUUCCAGCUCUUCGUGAGUUAGUCUCAUUUGUGUUCUCGACUCGACUCUUCUUAGGCUUGGUCUGAGUGGCAGUGGCCUCCAGUUGACUUGCUUAAUUGAGCACUGAUCAUUGCAGCUGUAAUAAUAUAAAAUGGCCCCAAAGAGAAAUAAUAAGCCAGUAAGAAACUAAGUAAAAAAGCUUCACAGCCUUCACAUCCUCCUGCACCGAACAAGAUCAAGAUGAAAGCCGAUUCUUCAUGCCUGUUGGACAAUCCAAAGAAACCCACGAACCGACCUGAGAAUUCAGCAGAUUCAGAUAGUUUGUCCCAGGAAAAUGAUUACCAAUUGACUUAUGAGCUCAUGUGGUGUGUGCAGCAAAUGGAUGGAUUAAGAACUUCUCCCAAGACCACAGAAAAACAAGCCUUUGAAGUUCGUAAAGCAAUGAAGUCUUUACUGAAUGACAAGACUCCACUUAUCAAGAAGCGCCAAUUGAUGCGCUUGUAUUGUGGGGACUAUCGCAAGAAGAUGGCUGAAGAUGAUGAGAAGCAGAGACAAGCAUUGCCCUGUUUGGCUAGACAACCUUCAAUCCCAAGCUCUUCCCACUGCUUCAGGAAAGCCACGUCAGUAAGCAGAGAGCCUCUAAACGAUGACGGCGCGUUAUCUUCGAGCAUCAAUUCCUUAGGCCUCGACUCGCAUAAUUCACCAUCAAUUACAGAGGAGUCCAGUCCAGGCGAAUGUGAUAGCCGUACAACUAUACGAUCUUCUUCGAGCGUUGCUAAUUUAUUCAAAAAUAGGUCUAACAAUAGUUUCUCCUUCAAUUUCGAUUUAGCAGUUGGGAAUUGAUUUCACUCCUCAAUAAAACGAGUUAUUUUUUCGUACUACGACAGUC